AUGGCACCUAAAAACGGCAAAAAGUCCAAUGGCGGCAAAAAGCCUAAUGGGAAUAAGCCAAACGGCGGCAAAAAGCCUACUGGGAACAAAAAAACGGGCGGCAAGUUUGUUCGCAGCAAGCCGCCAACGUUGAAACAAAAAAAUGCCCGCCAGAACAAAAUCAUCAAGGCAGAUCAACUUCUGUGGAAACCAGUGGAAAUUCCAGACAACCUCGGAGAUUAUUCGGGCUUCUUCGGCCUUGAAGAGCUUGAGGGUGUCGACGUGCGUAUGGUGAACGGAAAAGCCGAGUUCAUUGCUAAGGAUAGCGAUGUAGAAAUGUCUGAGGAAGAAGAGGAGGAACAAGAAGAGGGUGAAGAAAAAGAAGAGCCAGCAGAAGAGCCAGCAGAUGCUGAAGAAGAGCAAACGGAGGCUGAAGGAGAAGAAGAAUUCACUGGUUUCGAUGACGAAGUAAAGCUGGACCAGCAGGAGAAGAAAUCCCAAAAGAAGGCCUCCAAGACAGAAAGCAAGAAGAACAAGAAAGACAAGAAAGACGUCCCUGAAAAAGAUGACGCCGCAUUGGAAAAGGAAGAUGAAGAAGAAAAGUUGGUGGCGUUCUCUGUGUUGGACAUGCCCCUUCCAGACGACGAUAUCGAUUUGCCUCAGUGGCAGAAUGUUCCUCUCUCGGCGUAUACUUUGAGUGGAUUGCAAGCGCUUGGUUUCAAACAACCUACGCCAAUUCAAAAGUCCGCCAUUCCUUUGGCGUUGGAAGGAAAGGAUGUCAUUGGUAAAGCCACAACUGGUUCCGGUAAGACUUUGGCAUACGGUAUUCCCAUUUUGGAAAAGUAUAUUUCCAAGAUUGCCGAGAUAAAGACCUUAAGACAAAAGAAAACCAUCCCUGCUCCAACAGGUAUCAUCUUUGCUCCAACCAGAGAAUUGGCACACCAGGUUCUGGACCAUUUGAAUAAAAUCGCCAAGUAUGCGCCGCUCGCCCUGAACGGAAUCGUUUCUGUAACGGGUGGUCUUUCCAUUCAGAGACAGGAGAGACUCUUAUCAUAUGGGCCAGGUAUUAUUGUCGCCACCCCUGGUCGUUUUUUGGAGCUCAUUGAAAAGAGCGAAGAAUUCACCAAAAGAAUGGCGCUCACUGAAAUUAUUGUUCUUGAUGAAGCAGACAGAUUAUUGCAGGACGGCCAUUUCGAAGAGUUCGAGCGGAUCUUGGACCUCUUGGGUAAAAACAGAGACAAAGCAUAUGGGUGGAGAUGGCAAACAUUGGUGUUUUCCGCCACGUUUUCUAGAGACUUGUUUUUCAAGUUGGAUAAGUCCGGAAAAGGCACCAAGGCAUCCUCCGGCGCUUUGGUUGCCAACGAUGAGAUUCUCCAGCUUUUACAGAAGAAACUUAAGUUCAAAGACUCGAAGCCCGCCCUUUGUGAUGCAAAUCCAAAGGAAAUCGUUUCGGGCCAAAUCACAGAGGCAUUGGUGGAGUGUGGACCGGCAGAAAGAGACUUGUAUCUAUAUUACUUUGUGCUCAUGUACCCAGGAUCUACGUUGGUCUUUGCCAAUUCGGUUGAGUCUGUGAGAAGAUUGGUCCCACUUUUGGAAAACUUGAACAUCCCAGCGUUCUCCAUCCAUUCGUCUAUGAUCCAAAAGCAGCGUAUGCGGGCGUUGGAGCGGUUUAAAGAAGCCACGCAGAAAAACAAAUCGGCGGUUCUUGUUGCCACAGACGUCGCAGCGAGAGGUCUUGAUAUCCCAAGCAUCGACCAUGUAGCCCAUUAUCACUUACCUCGUUCUGCUGAUACCUACAUUCAUAGAUCCGGAAGAACUGCUCGUGCGGGCAAAGAGGGUGUAUCGGUGAUGUUCUGUUCGCCACAAGAAGCCUCGGGCCCAUUCAAGAAGCUCAGAAAACUUGUUGCCUCGAGUGCCGAAGGAGGAAAAUUCAACGCCAAGGCCGAUGUCAAAUUGCUUCCAAUAGAGUAUGACAUUGUGCAACAGAUCAGAGAAAGAGUUCGCAUGGCAGGAAAAUUGGCAGGUUCUACCAUGUCCAAUACUGCUACAAGAAAAGAGAAUUCUUGGCUCAAGCAAGCUGCCGAAGAUUUGGGUUUUGACAACUUAUCCGACCUUGAUGAGUUUGAGGAUGAUGUGAUCAAAAAGCAGAAGAAGAGACUCGAAAGAAGUAAGUUGACCAAAGAAGAACAAAAGGCGCUUCGUGCCCAAUUGAAAGAAAGCUUGGCCAUUCCUCUUCGUAAGAACCACAGAAGAUCUUACAUCACCAGUGGACUUGAAAAUUUGGCUCACCAGAUUGUCUCUGGAGCAACUUCGGAAACCGUAUUGGGCCGCAAAUCUAUCAAGGCUUUGGACGAGCUCAAACAAACUAAGGGCAAGGCUAGAGUUGAAAAGAAGAAACAAAAACAAAAACAGAAGGCUAGGUCGUAG